AUGCUCUUCUUCAGCUCUACACUCUUGCUGUCAGCAAGCUGCCUGCUUGCACAUGCAAGCAAUUAUGGCGGUACAGAGACAGUUACCACUUGUGCAUACAACGUAGCACAUCGUCUGAGCUGUGAAUCAGAUGGAGUGAUCAGCGUUCAGACCUCGCUGUAUGGACGUGCAGACAGUGAGACCUGCAUUCAGGGGAAACGGCAAGACGAAAUUUCCACCACCGACUGCUUUACGGAGGGCUCCACUGAUAUAGUCAAGAAAAGAUGUAAUGGAAAAAAGGUGUGUGAACUGAGCACAGUCAUCUUCACAGGAUCUGAUCCCUGCAGGGGCACUGCCAAGUAUUUGCAGACCACCUACACCUGCAUCCCAGCUAUUCACCGUAUAACAUGUGAGCACUCUUUGACACGCCUGCAGUGUGCUGAAGGACUGGUUAUCUCUGUCUACGGAGCUGAUUAUGGACGCCGAGACAAGACCACUUGCGUCUUUGGUCACCCGGACUCUCAGCUCCAAAACACAGUCUGCUCAAGCCCCACCAGCAAGGUUGCUGAAAGUUGUCGGGGCAAAAACAGCUGUGUUAUCCAAGCCUCAAACUCCGAGUUUCAAGACCCCUGUCCAGGAACUUUCAAAUACCUGGAGGUGGCUUACGCUUGUCAGUUUCCUGAUGCCGCUCCAGACCAGUCUGUGUAAACACACCCACA